AGCCAUGGUAUUUAUAGAUGGUCUUUUCAAUGCAUCCCUUUAAUCCCUGGCUGUCCCACCCUACAGCGGACCACCACCCUGCAAGCGUCCACUCAGAGCACCUCCGAGCUGCACUGAAGCAGGUCAUAAACAGCCAUGUCCACCGAACGAUUCGACUGCCAUUACUGCAAAGACUCUCUGCUCGGAAAGAAAUACAUCUUAAAAGAAGACACACAGUACUGCACCAAGUGUUACGAGAACCUCUUCGCCAACUGCUGUGAGGAGUGCUCUACGCCAAUUGGCUGCAACAGCAAGGAUCUGUCCUACAAGGACCGUCACUGGCAUGAGAACUGCUUCAAGUGUGCCAAAUGCAGCCGCUCCUUAGUGGAGAAAGCGUUUGCUGCUAAAGAUGAGCUGCUGCUGUGCACAGAGUGCUAUUCCCACGAGUACUCCUCAAAAUGCACCACCUGCAAGAAGACCGUCAUGCCAGGCUCCAGAAAAAUGGAGUACAAGGGGAACAGCUGGCAUGAGACGUGUUUUCUGUGUCAGCGCUGCCAGCAGCCAAUAGGAACCAAGUCCUUCAUCCCCAAAGAAAACAGCUACUACUGCGUCCCCUGUUUCGAGAAGCAGUUCGCCUACCAGUGCUGCGCCUGCAAAAAAGCCAUCACCACUGGUGGGGUCACUUACCAAGAUAAGCCCUGGCACCGUGAGUGUUUCACUUGCAUUGGCUGUAAGAGACAGCUGGCCGGUCAGCGCUUCACCUCCAGAGAGAACUACCCCUACUGCCUGGACUGCUUCAGCAACCUGUACGCCAAGAAAUGUGUGGGCUGCACAAAACCCAUCACCAGUCUGGCUGGAGCGAAGUAUGUGUCGUUUGAGGAGCGUCAGUGGCACAGCGAGUGUUUCACCUGCAUGCAGUGCUCCGUCUCUCUGGUGGGCCGCGGCUUCCUCACCCAGCGCGAUGACAUCCUGUGCACCGACUGCGGCCGUGAGAAAUAAACCCAGCUGAAGAGUCCAGAGAAUCUCCUCUGCAGGCCUUAAUCUACAGCCUGUUCACAGAGUUACACUUGUCCACAUACACUGGUGACAUUUCAGCUUAAACUACAGGAACCAACGUUGACUGGAUUAGAAUAAAUCGUCCUCUAGCUUCUAGUACAGCUAACUAUCGCUAUGUUUUUUGUGUGGCUCAAAUAUUAAACGCUUAAAUUAGUUUAGAAGGCUGCUUUUGAAUAAUCUACCACUGGUGUAUCUUAAUAAAAACUACUGUAAAUGUACUCAGAAAGACUUAAUCUGCAAAAUAAAAACGUUAAUUGUGGUUGGA